CUUUUUCAUCAAAAUACUAUCUAGUAACGCACAUACACAUGCAUACUGGCGAAAAUCCUUACAAAUGUGCUGUAUGCCUGAAAUCUUUUUCAUCAAAAUCCUAUCUGGUAAUGCACAUACGCAUGCAUACUGGAAAAAUGCCCUACAAAUGUGCUGUGUGCCUGAAAUCGUUUUCAGUAAAAUGUAAUCUGGUAGUACACGAACGCCUACAUACUGGCGAAAAGCCCUACAAAUGUAGUGUUUGCCUGAAAUCUUUUUCGAUCAAAUCCUAUCUAGUAAGACACGAAAGCACGCAUACUGGCGAAAGACCCUACAAAUGUGUUGUGUGCCUGAAAUCUUUUUCGAUAAAAUCCAAACUGGCCAUACACGAACGCACGCAUACUGGCGAGAAGCCAUACAAGUGUGACGUGUGUCUAAAGUAUUUUAGCCAAAAAUCUCACCUUACUGUACACAAACGUGUCCAUAUUUCUGAAGAGUGUAACGAGUGCAUAAAAUCCCCAAAAGACCACCUGGCUGGACACAAAUGUGUACACACCGAAAAAAGGACAUACAAAUGUGACGUGUGUCUCAAGGGUUUUACACAAAGUUUUUCCCUUACCCUUCACAGACGUAUCCAUAUAGGAGAAGAAUGUAAGAAGUGUUUAAAAUAUUUCACUCGAAAAGACUACCUGGCUGGACACAAAUGUGUACGUACCGAAAAAAAGCCAUACAAAUGUGACGUGUGUCUAAAGGAUUUUACACGAAAACUAGACCUUGCAGUACACAAAACGGUGCAUACUGGAGAUAAGCCCUACAAAUGUGUUGUAUGCUUGAAAUCUUUUUGGGAAAAACGUGAUCUAGUAAGACACGAACGCACGCACACCGGCGAGAAGCCAUACAAAUGUGACGUGUGCCUGAAAUCUUUUUCAUCAAAAUCCUAUCUGGUAACGCACAUACGCAUGCAUACUGGGAAAAUGCCCUACAAAUGUUUAGUGUGCCUGAAAUCUUUUUCGGUAAAAUCCCAUCUGGUAAUACACGAACGCAUACAUACUGACGAAAAACCGUACAAAUGUGUUGUGUGCCAGAAAUCUUUUUCGAUAAAAUGUAAUCUGGCAGCACACGAACGCCUGCAUACUGGCGAAAAGCCCUAUAAAUGUGUGGUUUGCCUGAAAACUUUUACCCGAAAAUACACUUUGGUAUCACACGCUCGCAUUCAUAGUGGCGAAAAACCCUACAAAUGUGACGUGUGUCCAAAGGAUUUUACACAAAAAUAUUGCCUCACAGUACAUAAACAAGUGCAUACUGGAGAAAAACGCUACAAUUGUGACGUAUGUUUCAAGCGUUUUACUAAUACAUACAAUCUUACGGUACACAAACGCACGCAUGCCACAGAAAAGUCAUACAAGUGUGUCAUGUGUCUGAAACCUAUUGCGGUGAAAUCCUACCUCGCUAAAAAACAUAAACAUGUAUAUUCUGGUAAUAAUCCUUGCGAAUGCGAGGUUUGUUUCAAGUGUUUUGCUCAAAAAUGUAACACAGCUCAACAAAAACCUAACCAUGUUGGAGAUUAGUCUAAUCUUUAUCAGUCAUCCGUCUUUACCUACAAUCUAAAUGUAAGAUUAUUUUGUCUAUGUGUUAUGCAUUACUUUAUACUUGUUGUAACAAAAAAUGAACCAUUUUAUAGACAUUUAGUUAAAAUAUAUUUUAGACAUUUAAUACUUUGUGUUGUACAUUUUUCUGAAUUUCUACAUUUUA